GCUGCCUGUGGCCCAUGGGGCCCUUGAUGCUGCCCGCCUGGCUGCAGCCCAGGUAUAGGAAGAAUGUGUAUCUUUUUGUCUAUUACUUAAUCCAGUUCUGUGGCCACUCAUGGAUCCUGACAAACAUGAUGGUCAGAUUCUUCUCAUUUGGGAAAGAUUCAAUGGCCGACACUUUCCACGCUAUUGGGCUGGUUAUGCGGGUUUGCCAGUCCAUUUCGCUCCUGGAGCUGCUGCACAUUUAUACUGGUCUUGAGCCCAAUCAUCUUGUUCCAAGGUUUUUGCAGCUCACAGAGAGAGUGAUCAUCCUUUUUGGUGUCAUCACCAGUCAAGAGGAAGUCCAAGAGAAAUAUGUAGUGUGUGUUUUAUUCAUCUUUUGGAAUCUACUGGACAUGGUAAGGUACACAUACAGCAUGCUCUCAGUCAUAGGAAUAUCAUAUGCUGCCUUGACAUGGCUCAGCCAAACACUGUGGAUGCCAAUUUACCCUCUGUGUGUUCUUGCCGAAGCGUUUGCCAUCUAUCAGUCACUGCCUUAUUUUGAGUCACUUGGCACCAACUCCACCGUGCUGCCAUCUGACAUGUCCACCUAUCUCCCUUACGUGCUGAAGCUGUAUCUCAUGAUGCUCUUCAUAGGUAUGUAUUUCACCUACAGCCAUCUUUACACCGAAAGAAAAGACGUCCUCCGAGUCUUUUCCGUCAAACAGAAGAAAAUGUGAGGCGGCAUUCCUGCCCGUCGCACAGGAGAGAAGAUGGGCUGGUGGACUGAGCUGCAGCCAGUACAGCACUGGGCAUCUGCUGGAGAAAGAACUUAGAAUACAAAUAUGUACAGCAUGAAUUACUGCAGGCGCCAUGGCAUUCUGUUCUGCAUCUACUGUGCUUUAAGAACAAAUCCUCAAUGGUCAGCAUACCCUGCUUCACCAGGACGCUCGGCUUCAUACAAGUCACCUUUGUACUGUGCGAAGUCUGAAUGUUUUCCUCUAGAGUUAAUGAGAAAUAGAUUCAGUGGGGGUACAUUCAGUUGACUUGAGAAAUGAACUGACUAACUUGUGCAGUCACAACUAGCAGAUUUAUAGGAAUGGAACAUUAUAAAAUAUCUUUAACUCUAGGGUAACAUACUCUAUGGACAAAUGCCUUGCCCUUAGAAUCAUGAAAAUUAUAUACAUUUAGAAAAAAACCAAACAUCUUCCCAUGUCUUAGCUCAGGUUGUUGCUGUGUCACAAAGUGUGCCCCCCCCCCCUUUACAGAACUUAGUUGUCAAAACCACAGAAAUUUAUGUUUUAGGGUUCAGGUUUGGACAUCUAAGAGCAAGAUGCUAGUCCAUUCAGAAACAGUAGUGUAGAUGUGAACUGUAGCUCUGAUCAGCCACUCUAGCAGGAACAUUGCUAGUUUGAGUUACAGCUAAUAGA